AUUUUAAUCGUCUAAGGGCUUUAGUCACAAUCUCUGAUUUCCAUACUUGUUUCAAGAUUUGAGCUCCCCAUCGCAAGCAUAAUAAAGAUCAAGACCAACUUGAUUGUCUGCCGUAUAUUGGAUGCAUGUUGUUACGCAUGAGUCUAUUCUUUGAAUCAUAAUAAUAAUUUUACAUGUUGAAGUUUAUUGGGCUUUAAUCAUUACGGAAUAAUUGAUUCAGUGUAUUUGCGUGAAAAAUUAUACAUUGCAUAAAAAUAUAAACAACUGAGUAGAUUUUUAUUUCGUGAGAUUCAAUAGUUCUCAUGAUAAAUUGAGAAAUAACCUCUUUACUAUGUGUAUUAUUUACUUUUUAUUUCAUGUUUUUUAAAGUUUAAAACCUCGUUUCUUUUUAUAUUGCUAAAAGUGAAAAGUAAAAAUGAACAAAAAUCAUGAUAAAAAAUCUAAUCGGAGAAGCAGAUCCAGAGAGAGAAGUGGACGCGAAUGGGAUAGAGACCGUGAACGGGACAGAGAAAAGGAUUACAGAGAACGCAGGCGUUCAAGGAGCCGGUCAAAGGACUGGAAAAAAGAUAGAAAACGCUCUAGAUCUAAAGAAAGGGACAAGUCAAAAGGUAAUGACCGUUUGUGGGAAAGAGAUGUAGAUAAGUCAAAAGAUAAAGACCGAGAUAGGGAAAGUGAUAAAUACAAAGAAAGAAAAGAUAAUAAGGAUAAAAAUAAGGAUGAAAAAAAAUGGAGAAACAGUUCCACAACUGCUGAAGAAAAAACAGAACAUAAAACUUCUAAUGAAGAUGAAAAGCUUGAUAACAAUACUUCUGAGGUGGUAAAAAAAGAACCACUUAGUUUAGAAGAGCUAUUGGCUAAAAAAAAAGCAGAAGAAGAGGCUCGUGCUAAGCCUAAAUUUCUUACUAAACAAGAGCGAGCAGCUCUAGCAUUACAAAAACGUCAAGAUGAAGUUAAUGCAAUAAGAAAACAACAGGAAGAGCAGAAAAAAAAUUUACCCAUUAAUGAUGGAUAUAAUACAUCUCAUAAUCGAGAUUGGGAUGAUAGAGACAGACGUAGAGAGAAUCAAAAAUCACGCGAGGAAGAAAUCAAAGACAAAGAUAAAGAAAAAGAAAUAGAGGCUAUUAAGGAACGUUAUCUAGGAUUGGUGAAAAAAAAAAGACGAGUUCGCAGAUUGAAUGAUAGAAAAUUUGUAUUUGAUUGGGAUACAUCUGAAGAUACAUCCAUAGAUUAUAACAAUAUUUAUAAAGAAAGACAUCAAGUACAAUUUUUUGGUAGAGGAAACCUGGCUGGAAUAGACAUCAAAGCUCAAAAACGUGAUCAAAGUAAAUUUUAUGGUGAAUUACUAGAAAAAAGGAGAACUGAAGCUGAGAAAGAACAAGAAAAAGUACGUUUGAAAAAAGUUAAAAAGAAAGAAGAAAAGCAGAAGUGGGAUGAUCGUCAUUGGUCAGAAAAAGCACUUGAUGAAAUGACAGAAAGAGACUGGCGAAUAUUUAGAGAAGACUAUAAUAUAACUAUAAAAGGUGGCAGAAUUCCAGAUCCUAUAAGAUCAUGGAGAGAAUCUGGGUUUCCUACUGAAAUUUUGGAUAUUAUUGAUAAAGUUGGCUACAAAGAUCUUACUCCGAUUCAAAGACAAGCUAUUCCAAUUGGCUUACAAAAUCGUGAUAUUAUCGGUGUUGCUGAAACUGGAUCAGGUAAAACCUUAGCUUUUCUGAUUCCACUUCUUCUUUGGAUAACUAGCCUCCCAAAAAUAGAAAGAAUUGAAGAAGCAGAUCAAGGUCCAUACAGUAUUAUUUUAGCUCCUACACGUGAAUUGGCUCAGCAAAUUGAAGAGGAGACUAAUAAAUUUGGACAACCGUUAGGCAUCAGAACAGUAGUUGUUGUUGGUGGUUUAUCUCGAGAAGAACAAGGAUUUAGAUUACGCAUGGGUUGUGAGAUAGUAAUUGCAACACCUGGAAGAUUAAUUGACGUGCUUGAAAACAGAUACUUAGUACUAAAUCAAUGUACUUAUAUUGUUCUUGACGAAGCGGACAGAAUGAUAGAUAUGGGUUUCGAACCUGAUGUCCAAAAAAUUCUAGAAUAUAUGCCAGUUACCAAUCUGAAACCUGACACUGAAGAUGCUGAAAAUGAAGAAAAACUUUUAGCAAAUUACAAUUCAAAAAAAAAAUAUAGGCAAACUGUGAUGUUUACGGCUACAAUGCCGGCAGCUGUUGAAAGAUUAGCUAGAACAUAUCUUAGAAGACCAGCUGUAGUGUAUAUUGGAAGCAUAGGAAAACCAACCGAACGAACGGAACAAAUCAUUCACAUUAUGGGUGAAUCUGAUAAACGGAAGAAACUUAUGGAAAUUCUUGGCCGAGGUGUUGAACCUCCAAUUAUAAUAUUUGUUAAUCAGAAGAAAGGCGCAGAUGUUCUUGCAAGAGGUCUUGAAAAGCUUGGUUACAAUGCAUGUACACUCCAUGGUGGCAAAGGACAAGAACAAAGAGAGUAUGCUCUUGCUUCACUGAAAGGUGGAAGUAAGGAUAUUUUGGUUGCCACGGAUGUUGCUGGUCGUGGUAUUGAUAUAAAAGAUGUAUCAAUGGUUAUCAAUUAUGAUAUGGCAAAAACGAUUGAAGAUUAUACACAUCGUAUUGGAAGAACUGGUCGUGCAGGCAAAGCUGGUAUUGCUAUAUCCUUUUGUACAAAGGAUGACAGUCAUCUUUUCUAUGAUUUGAAACAAAUCGUAUUAGCAAGUCCAAUUUCGACAUGCCCACAAGAGUUACUAAAUCAUCCAGAUGCUCAACAUAAACCCGGCACAGUAGUUACGAAAAAACGCCGUGAAGAAAAAAUUUUCGCUUAAGUUUUAGUUUGAGCUUGUAAACAUCAACUUUGUUGAAAACUAAGUUAAGAUUAAAUAAAAUUUAUCACAUCUCAAAGACA